AUGCCGCCUGCUGGAUCAUCCACUAAGAAAGUUUCGCUGAAGCAACUAACUGCAAGGUUUGCGGGAACACAGUCCUCACUUCGGGACAUUUUGGAAUUCAUUGAGGAUUUCAAGGAGGAUACGAAGCUUUCUCAAGUGGAGGUUCGUCUGGAGAAAUUGGAAGAGAUAUGGGAGAAAUUUUCCGAGACGUUAGUUGAGAUUAAAUCUCACGACGAUUAUAACGGGGAGGAGACUUAUGACAAGGAAAGGCGGGAGUUCAACAAUCAUUAUUAUGAGGCGAAAUCUUUCCUUGUGGAUCAAGUUAAGGAGUUGAAGGAACCAUCGUCGUUAGACCAAAGUGUGAGAACUGCCGAUGCGACAAUGCAUGGCGUGCUUGAUAAUGUGCGCUUGCCGCAAAUCAAGCUUCAAAGCUUCAAUGGAGAUAUCGACGAGUGGUUAGGAUUCCGGGACCUGUUCACCUCUCUUAUACAUUGGAAGCCUGAUCUUCCGGAAGUCGAAAAAUUCCACUACCUUAAGGGUUGUCUUCAAGGGGAACCACGGAGCCUGAUCGAUCCAUUGAAGAUAACCAAGGCAAACUACCAGGUAGCAUGGGAUAUGCUACUGAAGCGUUAUAACAACAGUAAGCAAUUGAAGAAGAGGCAAAUCCAAUCACUGCUGUCGUUGCCUACGCUCUCCAAGGAAUCCGUCGGGGAAUUGCACACACUUUUGGAAAGUUUUGAGCGGAUAGUGCAAACCCUCGAUCAGGUAAUCCAGCCAGCCGAGUAUAAGGAUUUACUGCUGGUGAACAUCCUCACGUCACGCUUGGAUCCAGUGACACGUAGGGGAUGGGAAGAGUUUUCUUCGUCAAAGGAAAACGAUUCUCUAGAUGAGCUCAGGGAGUUCCUCAAUCGGCGAGUGCACGUACUGGAGUCACUGCCACCCAAAUCUAUGGACACUAGGGGUGUCCAUCAGCCUCCACCACAGCCGAAGCAGAAGUCAUCCUUCACAAGAACUAGCUUCACCACAUCGCAAACGUCCGGAGUGCGUUGCGUAUGCUGUUCGGGGAAUCAUCCGCUGUUCCAAUGCAGCACAUUCCAACGGUUAUCGGUUUCAGACAGGGACGGCCUGCUGAGAACUCAUUCCCUCUGCCGAAAUUGUCUCAGGCCGGGACAUCAGGCUCGGGAAUGCCAAUCAAAGUACUCGUGCAGGCAUUGCAAGGGUCGCCAUCAUUCCAUGGUCUGCUUCAAGUCAGAAAGGAGUGGUGGAAAUAAGGUUUCCACAGUUGCAAAGGGUAACAAUCUAUCCUCCGAUAAGGAAUCACAAGGAACUUCGCAACCCAGCUCCUCUCAAGUGGCCAAUGCGGUGGCCACUGAUACAACGGUCUCAAAUGCAGCGCACCAAUACUCUUCGCAAGUUCUCCUUGCAACAGCGAUCGUCGUGAUGGUGGACGACGACGGCAAUCGGCAUCCCGCUCGUGCUCUGUUGGAUUCCGGUUCCGAGAGCAAUUUCAUAACCGAACGGUUGUGCCAACGGAUGAAAGUGACUCGAGAUAAGGUAGACAUCUCGGUUCUAGGCAUCGGACAAGCUUCAACAAGAGUUAAGCAACGAAUCCGAGCGGUGAUACGCUCGCGAGUAUCUCCGUUUUCGCGGGAAUUGGAUUUCCUCAUUCUACCCAAGGUGACUGUUAACCUUCCGACAACCUCGGUCAAUAUUGAUGGUUGGGUCAUUCCAAGCGGGAUCGAACUGGCAGAUCCGGCAUUUUUUGAAUCGAAGGGAGUGGACAUCGUACUCGGCAUUGAGUCGUUCUUCGACUUUUUCGAAACAGGCAGGCGAAUCUCAUUAGGCGAAGGGUUACCAACCCUCAACGACUCGGUAUUCGGAUGGGUCGUUUGUGGAGGCACAUCUACUUCCGUCAACUCCCUGCAAAUCAGUUGCAACACUUCAUCAUCCGGAAGGCUGGACCUACUAUUGGAGCGGUUUUGGGAGUGUGAAGAGCUAGAAUCGGAAAGAGCACUUUCUCCAGAGGAGCGGCGCUGUGAAGAGCUCUACCAGCAAACAGUUCGUCGAGAACAGGAUGGUCGGUACACCGUCGCCCUCCCGAAACACAACGAAACACCUCUACACUUGGGCGAGUCCCGAGAGACUGCAUUUCGUCGGCUUCAGGGAACGGAACGUAGGCUGGCGAGGGAUGCCAGUUUGCGAGAGCAAUACGUCGCGUUUAUGGACGAGUACCUCGCGAUGGGACACAUGCGGAAGGUUGACCAAACUACUCAGGAGACGAUCCAACGAUGCUAUUUGCCGCAUCAUCCGGUGGUCAAGGAGGCAAGCACCACCACUAAGGUACGAGUAGUGUUCGAUGCUUCCUGUAAAACGGCAUCAGGAGUGUCGUUGAACGAUGUUUUACUGGUGGGGCCAGUGAUUCAGGAGGAUCUAAGGUCAAUUGUUCUACGGUGUCGCACACGCCAAAUCAUGCUGGUAUCAGACAUGGAAAAAAUGUUCCGCCAGAUCUACAUCUGCGAAGAGGAUCGGCCACUCCAAUGCAUCCUGUGGAGAUCUUCACCGAUAGAAGAGGUUGGCGUGUACGAGCUGAACACCGUGACAUACGGUACCAAACCAGCUCCCUUUUUGGCUACAAGGACGGUUAAGCAACUGGUGGAAGAUGAAGCAACACAGUAUCCCAUGGCAGCACAAGCAGCUAGCGAGGACGUUUAUAUGGACGACGUCAUCACGGGAGCGGACGACGUCGAAACGGCACUGAUUCUCCGAGAACAACUUGACCACAUGAUGUCUAGAGGAGGUUUCCGGUUGAGAAAGUGGGCGUCCAACUGCUCCAAGGUAUUGGAGGGCGUACCAGCAGAAGACCUUGCCAUUAAACAAACAGCAGAAAUCAAUUUUGGGACCGAUCCGUCCAUAAAAACACUGGGUCUGACCUGGGUGCCCAAAACCGACGAGUUGAAAUUCAAUUUCGAAAUCCCUGCAUUAGAGGAGACGGAGAAGCUCACUAAACGUCGAGUUUUGUCCAUAAUUGCCACACUUUUUGACCCUUUGGGGCUACUGGGAGCUGCUAUUACCACCGCAAAGGUUUUCAUGCAGCAGCUGUGGUCUGUUCAGGACGAGAAAGGUCAAAAACUGGACUGGGAUCAGCCACUUCCUUCCACGGUGGGUGAGGCAUGGCUUAAACUGCGUACCCAACUAUCAGCGUUCAACCAAAUCAAGAUCGGCCGUUGCGUUAUCGUUCCUGGAGCGGUUUCUGUGGAAAUACACUGUUUCUCAGACGCCUCGGAGAAGGCCUUUGGUGCUUGUGUAUACCUAAGGAGUGUAGACGCCGUUGGGAAGGUGAUGGUUAGGCUUCUUACCUCGAAGUCCCGAGUAGCACCCUUAAAGAGUCAAUCGAUUCCGCGGUUAGAGCUUUGUGGAGCAUUGCUUUCCGCUGAACUGUUCGAUAAGGUCCAAUCAUCCUUGAAGCGCCCGAUGAAGACAUUUUUUUGGACUGAUUCAACCUGUGUUCUACGCUGGAUAAAUGCUACUCCUACAGCAUGGACGACUUACGUUGCAAACCGAGUUUCGAAGAUCCAAGCCAUCACUGAAAAGGGACUCUGGGGACACGUACCUGGUGUUGAAAAUCCCGCAGACCUCAUAUCUAGAGGAAUUUCGCCGGAAGACAUCGUAGAUAAUCGUUUCUGGUGGCAAGGACCAAGUUGGUUGGAAGGUGAUCCUGAAGGAUGGCCAAAACUUCAGCAAGGACUUGGAGAAGAAGGUGAGGAUGAAAGACGUCGUACUGUUGCAGCAACCGUAGCUUCGUCGUAUGCUGAAUUCAACGAAGAAUACAUCAGUAAAUUCGCUUCCUAUACCGACAUGGUCCGCCGAACUGCUUAUUGGCUACGAUUGAUGGACUUGCUACGCAAACCUACAAGUGACAGGAAGAAUGGAUCAUUCCUGACUACAGCGGAAUUACGAGAGGCAGAGAACGUUCUGAUAAGACGAGUACAGAAGGAAGCUUUUAGUAAGGAAUGGAAGGCGAUCGUAAACCAAUCCGUUCUUCCAUCGAACUCCCCGUUACGGUGGUAUAAUCCUACGAUCUCCAAGGAUGGAAUUAUGAAGGUAGGCGGUCGUUUGAGCAAAUCCCAGGAAGCGGAAGACAGCAAACAUCCCAUUCCAUUGCCAGCUCGCCACGUCUUCACCCGCAAACUUCUGCAGUAUUACCAUGAAAGGCUAUUACAUGCCGGUACGCAGCUUCUGCUGGCUGUAGUAAAACUACGGUUUCUGCCAUUGGGAGGACGAAGUGUCGCUAAACAUAUAGUCCACAAUUGCCUCAAAUGCUAUCGCUCGAGACCAACACCAAUCCAGCAAUAUAUGGGAGAUCUACCAGCAGCACGGGUCACCAUCUCUCGGCCAUUUUCUCGAGCAGGUGUCGACUAUUUUGGACCCAUCUAUAUCCGGCCAGCCCCUCGACGUCCGGCAGUGAAGGCUUACGUCGCACUUUUCAUCUGUUUGUGCACGAAGGCGGUGCACCUCGAAUUAGUUACAGACCUAUCGACUGACCGGUUCCUCCAAGCUCUGCAUCGUUUCGUGGCUAGACGUGGAAAAUGUAGCGACAUCUACUCCGACAACGGAACCAAUUUCGUCGGUGCUCGGAGGAAAUUACAGGAGUUUCUGAAUCUACUGAAGGAUCAAACCCACAGAGAGAUCGUUGCAAAGGACUGUGCCAUGCAAGGUAUUCAGUGGCAUUUCUCUCCACCAAGCGCCCCUCACUUCGGAGGUCUCUGGGAGGCCGCCGUGCGCUCGGCAAAGAAACACCUCUUGAAGGUCAUCGGUGAAGAUCCAGUUUCUCCAGAAGACUUCACAACGCUGCUUGUUCAAGUAGAAGGGUGCUUGAAUUCCCGACCGCUCACGCCUUUGACGGAGGAUCCGGACGAUCUGGAACCGUUGACUCCCUCGCAUUUCCUUGUCGGCACGUCACUCCAAGCAUUACCCGAACCCAACCUAGAAGACAUCCCCAUGAAUCGCCUCGACAAGUACCAAUUAAUGCAACGAAAACUCCAAGAUUUCUGGCGAAGGUGGCGCCGGGAGUAUUUAUGUCAACUCCAAGCCAGGACUAAACGCUGGAAACCACCGGUUCAGGUGGAAGUCGGAAAACUGGUCGUUAUCCAAGACGAUAAGGUUCCCCCCAUGCGCUGGAGAAUGGGGCGAAUAGCAAGGCUACAUCCCGGAGAUGAUAACGUGGUUCGGGUCGUUACACUAAGGACAGCUUCUGGUAUGCUAACUCGUCCGGUAGAGAAGUUGUGUAUUCUGCCGAUACCAGACUGCAUCCCCGAAGAAGACCCCGAGGACAGUUCAUCCAGCAAGCAAACGUAA